GUGUGCGGCCGUCGUUUGAGUUGUGGCCAGCAUAACUGUGAAGAGCCAUGUCACCCCGGUUCGUGUGGUACUUGCUGGCGUGGCGUGAUCUACACCGAAGUCACUUGUCGUUGUGGUUUCAGUGUUCUCCAACCUCCGCAACCAUGUGGCUCCGGUCCACCGGAAUGUCCAAGACCAUGUGAUCGACCCCACCCGUGUGAUCACCCGGUCCGGCACACCUGUCACAACGAACCCGUCUGUCCUCCAUGUACGAUCUUACUGACAAAAGAAUGUCCUGGAGGUCACGGAGUGCAAUUCAGUAUGCCUUGUUUCCAGCCCGUUCUUAGUUGCGGUCGCACCUGUGGUCAUCCACUUCCGGGUUGUUCUCAUACCUGUCAACGAACUUGUCACAGCGGAAAUUGUGAAACUGUUCCCCUUGUUUGCACUCAACCGUGUCAAAAACCUCGACCCGACUGUGGUCAUCCAUGCGCGCUGCCCUGUCACGAGGUCAAGGGUCAAACGUGUUUACAGGCCAGUGCGACCAUUUGUCCUUGUGGCAGACGAAAAGACACAGAAAUGUCCUUACUCGCAUGUGACAGUGCGUGCACAAAAGCUGCCGAAGCCGCCUCGUCCGAGAACGCGAAUGGUCGUUUUGCGGACACCUCGUCUUGGACUCGCGGUCUGGACCUAAAUCCCGGACAGUCGCUCCCAGACGAUGCGGGCAAGGAUGAGAAAUUGCCAUUUGAAAAACCCGAAUACUCGAAAUGGCUUAAGAGUUUUGCGCUUAACAAUUUCGCGUUUGCUGUCAGUGUGGAGCGUCAGCUAUACAGUUUAGUAUUGCAGGUAAGCUCAUGCACCGCCGAUUCGGACUCUGUUCGCACUGUGUCGUAUCAUUUUCCUCCAAUGAAGGAUAAAAGACGCCGUUUCGUUCAUGAACUUGCCGAGUUUUACGGAAUCGAAUCGCACAGUAUGGAUCCGGAACCCGGUCGUCAUGUGAUGGUACUAGCCAGGCGUGGUAGCACCAAAUUUCCCGGCGGAGCCACAGACCACCGGGGCAGUUUGACUGCAAUGCUCCAGAAAGAAUUUCCCGGCACGGUCAAGCUUGCCGAAGGAGUGCGCGUUCCGCCCAAGACGGAAGCGAAAAAACAUCCCGCACCCAGUUCCGUCACGCGUUCGUCUUACGCGCAGGUUCUCUCCGAUCCGACCGACCCGACAUAG